GUUAAAACCGAGAGAAGAAGAAGUGGAAUAAGAAGAGGAGAAGAAGAGCUGCCAAUCACCACAAGUGUCACGUUGCAGAUUUAAAUCAGUUGUAUUCUUUGGGACAUUUCUUUACACUCAGUCCGUGGUUGAUAAAGAGUUGGGGCUCGUUACUGACGCGUGUUAAGCUUGUUUUUUAAGUUUCCUAUCAGACGUUGAUUUGUGUUGAUAUUUGUCGACCAUCGUAAAUAAACCUCUCGCUUCACAACACGUUCCCUUCUCCCCGGGGACCAUGUGGUCUGGACCGCCGGAACCAGGCCUCACCGAGGAGAUGAAGGGCGCGGUGCUGCCCCCUGCCGGUCAGCGAGCAGCAGUCCGCCAUGUGACGGGGAACCUAUUCUCCAGCUGCGGGGACGAGGCUCUGGCUCACUGCGUCAGCGAGGACUGUCACAUGGGAGCGGGGAUCGCCGUCCUGUUCAAGCGCCAGUUCAGAGGAGAAGCUGAGUUAAAGCAGCAGCAAAAGGUGACAGGACAGUGUGCUGUGCUGAAGAGAGACAGACGUUUUGUCUACUACCUGAUCACAAAGAAGAAGUACAACCAAAACCCCACCUAUGACAGCCUGACCCUGAGCCUGGAGGACAUGAAGUCACAGUGUGUGAAGAACGGAGUGACAAGAAUCUCAAUGCCUCGUAUUGGCUGCGGCCUGGAUCGACUGGAGUGGAGGAGAGUGGAGGAGAUACUGGAGCAGGUGUUCAAACACACAGACAUCUCCAUCACAGUCUACAGCCUCCUAGUGAAAGCAGAGACCACAGUGAUGAAGGAAAACAUGCGCCGAUGAUGGACGGAGAUGUUUAAUGUAAUUAUUUAGAUCGUGCACUUCUCUGUAUAUGACAAUGAUUAUUCUUUGUCAGAAUUUUGUAUUCUUUUACAAAUAAUAUUCAAAUAAAUAUUCCUCUGUUCACCCAAAUACAA